GCUGCCCCUCAAGCCCUGAGAGGUCGCUCUGAGUCCCCCCGUAUGUGGCGAGGCAGAUUCUCCAGCAGAGGGCCCAUGGACGGGCGUCUGGAGGCUCCUUGAUCCACUUUUGCAGGGCCCUGCCAUGUGCUGGGGGUGAGCAGUUCCCUCUCCUGAGGGCAGCAGGGGCUCUGGGCUGGCUGCCCCCGCUGCCAGGCGUGCCCCCAUGGCAGGAGCCGUGCGCAUCGGGGACCAGCUCAUUCUGGAGGAGGACUACAAUGACUCCUACGUUCCCAUGGAGCAGGAGAUCCGGGACUUUGCACCCACAAUCGGGAUUGACCCCGACAAGGAGUCUGAGCUGCUGUGGCUGGCCAGGGAGUGCCUGGUGACCCCAAUGCCCCCCGAGUGGAAGGCCUGCCAGGAUAUUGCAGGGGGUGACAUCUAUUUCUUCAACUUUGAGAGCGGCCUCUCCACGUGGGAGCACCCCUGUGAUGAGCACUACAAGCAGCUGGUCAUCAGGGAGAGGGAGAAGCUGCUGGCACGGGGAGGCCUGAAGAAGGAGAAGAAGGAGAAAAAGGAGAAGAAGGACAAGAAGGAAAAGAAGGACAAGAAGGAGAAGAAAGAGAAGAAGAAGGACAAGAAGGAGAAGCAGCUCCUGAAGCAGCUCCCUCCCCCAGGCUCGCAGCUGGCUCCCAUCCAGCCCCCCCUGGGCCCCCUCUCUCCUCUCCGUGGCCUCCCCCCGUCCCUUCGUGGCUCCCUGCCCCCGGACCUGGGCAGCGUGGUGGACUCCAGCCUGCUCCCCAAGGAAGGAAUGCAGCCUGCAGAGAUCCCGAAGCCCAGCAGCCACACCAAGAACCUGCUGGAUCUCAUCUGUGAAGAGAAGAGUUCCUUGAACAUGGCAGUGCCAGAGAAAUGGAGAAGUGAGGAUGAAGAAAGUGAAAAUGAGAGUUUCCACGGGACCUCAAGGCUGUUAAAAAACGUGUACCUGGAUGUGGAAGCCCUGGCAGGCAGCUUUGACUUUGAGGAGAACAGCAAGGAGGAGCGUGGCAGCCCGCCAGCUGGUGCUGCUGGUGCUGCUGGUGCUGCUGGUGCUGCUGGUGCUGCUGGUGCUGCUGAAGCUGCUCCCCAGCCCCACGGGAGCCCCGAGGAGGAAGCUGCCAGCCUGGGAGAGAAGGAAUCCUUAAAACUGAGACAUCCUGAAGAGGUGCCAGAGUCCUCCUUGGAUUCUGGGGCUGCGUGCCCUCCGUCUCCGGCUGAGCUCCUCUCUGCAGAGGCUGGCAGCAGCCUGGCUGCCCACACCGAGCAGCACCAGCCUGCAGGGCACGGGGCAGUGCACCAAGAAGAUGCUGAGCAGGAAGGAGAGGCCUGUGCAGCUGAGGAGCUGCCUCGGUGUGAGGGGGAGAGGAGCGCGGCAGGGCUGGACGUGCCCGGCCCUGCUGGGCAGCCCCCAGCUGCUGCUCUGGCUGGGGAAGGGGCAGACGAGCCAGCCAGCCUGCCUGAGACAGCUGCCACCCUGUCCUGUGCAGAAAAGGAGCUGCAGGAAGAGGGGGAAGAAGCAGCAGCAGAUUCAGUAUCAGAGGACAGGCUGGAUGAUGGCACACUUUCAAAGGCAUCCGGGGGCAGUGGCUGUGAGCAGGACUUGCCUGUCUCCAAGUGCUCUGGCCAUGAGGUGGCUCAGCCUGAGGGCUUGGACUCCAAGAGCCAGCUGUCUGAGGAGGUUCUGGGUGUGGGGCCUGAGUCUCCUGGUGUGGCCAGCCCCGAGUGCAAGGCCCAGGAGCUGCCAGAAGAGCAAAAACACCAAGGCAGAGCCAGCGUGGAGGAGGAGCAAAGGAAAGGAGCAGAAGCUGCUGAGAGGCAAGCUGAGGAAGAAAUCGAGCAGUCCUUGAACCAUUCUCAUGAUGAAUCCCUGGAGGAAAUAGCCCAGGAGGUGGAGACAGAUCUGGAGCAAGAGGAAAUGCAUUUAUUUCAAGCAAAGGAGGAGAAAAUCCAGCAAUUCCAGGAGGAGACGAGGCAGAAGGAGGAGGAGGAGGAAGCUGAAAAGCUUCAUCAGCAGAAAGAAAAGCCCCUCAGCGCCCCAGAAGAAGAUUUAGCAAAAUCUGAGCAGGAAGAGUUGCUUCUCAGAGAGGAAAAAGCCAAGAGGCUGGAGAAGCUGCGAGCCCAAAUGGCCUCAGAGGUGGAGGCAGAGGAGGAGAGGAUGAGGGCAGAGCAGGAGGCCACGCUGCAGAAGCUCAGGGAAGAGUGGCAGUGCCAGCAGCUGGUGGAGAAGGAGAGCCUGCAGAGGAGGCAGCAGCUUGCCCUGGAGGAAAUGCAGCUGGCAGCACAGGAGGCCCAGCAAGAGGAGAUGAGCAAGCUGGAGCAGGAGAAGGAAGAGUUCCUGAGCCAGCUCAGGGACAGGUUAGACAGCGAGAAGAAGAAGGCAGCAGAGGAGCUGCAAGAACAGUUUGCCAGUGAGCUCCAGCAGCUGAGGUCUGCAGCAGAGGAGAAGCACCGUGAGGCCCUUUCCAGCCUGCAAGCCCAGCUGGCAGAGGCACAGAGCAGCCAGGAGGCCCAGCUGCGUGAGGAGCUGCAGAGAGCAGAUCAGAAAGUGCAGGAAAAAGCCCUGAAAGUGAAGGAGUACGAGCGUGAGCUCAGCGAGCUGAUGAGCGACAGACGGCGGGAGGUGGAAAAGGAGCACGAGAGGAGGAUGGAGAGGAUGAGAGAGGAGCACCGGGAGGCCCUGGCACGGGUCCAGGAGCAGUACCAGGAGGAGGAGCAGAGGCAGAGGUCGGAGCUGCUGGCGGGGCUGCGCAGCGAGGCCGCGCGGCUGCGGCAGCUCCACGACGCCGAGCUGAAGGGGCUGCAGGCAGAGCUGGAGGGGAGGCUGACGGCCCUGCAGCAGAGACACAGGGAGAAGGAAAGAAAGCUCCAGGAUGCAGAGAACGAGCUGGAGAUCCGCAUGAAGAACAUCCAGGCCAGAUCAGAGCAGCUCCUGAGCCAGGAGGAGUCCCUGCAGAGGAGGAGGCAGCUGCUGCUGGAUGAGGACGGACGGAUGCAGCUGGAAAGAGACGAAGCUGCUCUGGCCUGCCAGCUGCGCCUGGAGGAGAGCAGGAAGGAGCACUGCAGCCUGCUGGAGUCCAUCCGGGAGCUGCGCAGGAGCCUGGAGGAGCUGCAGGACCAGAAGGCUGAGCUGGAGGCCCAGGUGGACCUGCUGCAGAGCCGCAGCCAGAGGCUGCACAAACGCAUCGGAGAGCUGGAGGAAGCAAUCAGGAGCAAGCAGGAGGCUCUGAAAGAACUGGAGGCAGAAGAAAGUGUGGGAUCUCCAAGAAAGAAAGCUGAGCUCUGUGUUGAAGACCUGAGAGAAGCUCCUCAAGCUCACUCACCCAGAGAGCCUUCCCCAGCCUCCCAGAGCCCUGAGGACAGCGACGUGCAGCUGGACCGAGUGCAGAGGUACCUGUCGGCAGAGGGGCAGUCCCUGCGGAGCGCCAAGGAGUUCCUGCUGCGCCAGAGCCGCUCGCUGCGCCGGCGCCGCUCGGCGCUCAGGGCUGCCAGCCUGCAGUGGCACCAGGAGCUGCGCGGGGCCCAGGGGGCCCUGCAGGACCCCCACGGCUCCCCGCUGCUGCAGGGGGUGCGCCACAGCCUGCAGGAGGAGGCAAAGGAGCUGGACAAGAUGAAGUCAGCCAUGCAGAAAGGACAGGUGCUGCUGAAGAAGAAGGAGGAGAAGCUCAGCCAGCUGGAGUCCUCGCUGCUGGAGGAGCUCUCAGAUGAAGAUACACUGAAGAGUUCCGCGUGCAAGAAGGUGGUGACGUUUGACCUGAGCACCUCUGAGGACACAAACAGCACCUCCAGUGUGAACCUGGGCCAGCCUGGAUCUGACCUGAGAAUGGAUUUCUGGCCCGUGCUCCAGCAGGACAAGAUCCAGCACCUGAGGGACUCUGUGCAGAGCAUCACCAGUGAGCUGAACGGGGUCCUGGGGCUGCUGGACUCCCUGAGCCAGCACCAGCCCCCUCUCCUCAGCUCCACAGCCUGUCAGGGCACCCCUCUUCCCAGCAAUCCCUCCCUGGCAGGCCUGGGGGGGAGCAGCUCCCUGGGGAACCCCCCCAGGGCGUCCCCCCUGGAGCAGUGGGCCCGGAGCAGCAGGCCCAGCUCUGGUUACUCCACCUCAGGACAGUCAGUGGACAACCUGCUGGCAGAGAAAUGGCACAGGUAUUUCCCAGGUGGGCUCUCCUCUCUCCCUGGGACUCCUGUGCCUCUGGACAGCAAGCUGGGCUAUGUCCCUGCAGAUGAACAAAUCAGGCACUUCCAGCAUUCCAAGUUCAGUGAGCCAGAGACAAGGAGUAUUGAGGGGAUGAUUGAGAGCAACAAGAAAUGGCUGAAAGGCUUCAAGAAGGAUUCCAAAGCCCCUCUCUCCCCACGGGCACAGAAGCCCCCAGGCAGCAGCUCCAGCCUCCUGCAGCUGGGGCUGGAUGAGAACAGAGAGAUCAAGGUGUACCACUACUGAGAGCUGCCACUGGCCGAGGACACCGCACUCCGAGGGAGCCCAUCUGUGAGAAACCACCUUCCAAGCCUUCCUCCCGGGACAGCUGCUGGGGGAGGCUGUGAAGCUGCUGCCCCACGCUGUGAGAGCCCCUCGGGUGGGCAGGGGGAGCCCCCUGCUCUGCUGCCCGGGUGCAGUGUGCUGGCCCACGCCGUGAGCCUGGCACGGGGAUGUUUACAUGCAAAUGAGAAAUAUAUUUUUGAUGAACACCAUUUUUAAAGCUCUUAAGAAUGUAUUUAUUUUAUUUUUCCUUUUCUAGAAUUUUUGUAAUUGCUCAGUAGCCUUAUUUCUUCUAGGAGAGGAGGGGUCCAAACACGGGUCUCCCCUCUGCUGCUGGAUUGCACAAACCCCUUCCUGCAGGGAUUUUGCUUUUAGUUUGAGGACACAUGGCAGUCCUUCCAGUCAGGGUUUUAGAAGGGACCCCACAGUUGUGGUUGCUGUGGGCCAAGCCAUAUCACUGAGUCCAUUCUGUGUUUUGGGAGAGCCAUGCAUUAAUGGUGCAGGGAAAUGCCAGGUUUUUGUAACAAUAAUUGGUUUGAAACAUGCUCUUUUUUCCUGUUAAAACCCGGGAUAGCAGCUGUAUCUGGUUUUGUAUAAAUUAAAUCAACGUGAGCCUGUUUUGUA